UCCAUCUCUCAAUUCAAUCCAAUUCAAUCCAUCUCCAAUCCCUACCUACGAAAACAACGACCACCUUUCACAAUGACAGCUGAAAUCCCCCCCGGCGGCACCUUCUUCGACACGCUCAAGAAGAGCUUCGUAGACGUUCCCAUUGACGAGUCAAAGGAUAGUGCUAUUCCCACGACUGAGUUCCUUGAGGCGGCGGAGAGUCUGCUUACGCUGUUCGAUGUCUUGGGCUCGGCGGCGUUCAAGCCGGUCAAGAGUGACAUGAGUGGCAACAUCAAGAAAAUCCGCGACAGGCAGCUUGAAGCACCCGCCCAAUCCGAGACUCUCCAGGACCUUGUUCUCAACGAGCUCGCGGAGAAGAAGCACACUGCCACCGAAGGACUCGUCUGGUUGAACCGUGGCCUCGACUUCACCGCCCAAGCCCUCCGCCACAACAUCUCCAACAACGAAAAAGAGCUCGCAGACUCGUUCCGCGACGCCUACGGCAACACGCUCAAGCCCCACCACUCGUUCAUCGUCAAGCCCAUCUUCAGCGCCGCCAUGAGCGCUACACCCUACCGCCGCGACUUUUACAACAAGCUCGGUCAAGACGAUGCAAAGGUGCAGGCGGAGCUGGUCAAGUGGUUGAGUGCGCUGGAGAAGGAUGUCGCUGUGCUCAACACGUUUUUGGCCAAGAAGGAGGCUAAGUGGGUAGACUGGAUGGGACGGCAUUGCUUUUGAAUGGAUGGAUGACGAUGAGUGUAUAUGAAAAUACCAUGAUGAAUUUG